CUGACCGACAACUGGGACGAUGCGGACGGCUACUACCGCGUCACGCUCGGCGAGCGCCUCGGCGACAAGGGCCAGUACCACGUCUUUGCGAAUCUCGGCCGCGGCAUGUUCAGCUCCGUCGUCAAGGCGCGCGAGGUGACACCCGGCGAGCAUGGGGCGCCAGCGCGCGAGCGCGAGGUUGCCAUCAAGAUUGUGCGCUCGCAGGAGACGAUGUACAAGGCGGGCAUCAAGGAGAUGGCCGUGCUGCAGAAGCUCAUGGCACUUGACCCGGAGGACAAGCGGCAUCUGAUCCGGCUCGAGGGCCACUUCGAGCACCGCGGGCAUCUGUGCAUGGUCUUUGAGCUGCUGAGCAUGAAUCUGCGUGACGUCGUCAAGCGCUUCGGCAAGGACGUCGGCCUGAACCUGCGUGCCGUACGGGCAUACGCGCACCAGAUGUUCCUGGCGCUCUCCCUCAUGCGCAAGGCCAACAUCAUGCACGCCGACAUCAAGCCGGACAAUAUUUUGGUCAAUGAGGGCAAGACGACGCUGAAGAUCUGCGAUCUCGGCUCGGCGUCGGACACGAGCGAGAUGGAGAUCACGCCGUACCUCGUUAGCCGCUUCUACCGCGCGCCCGAAAUCAUCCUCGGACAGCCGUACGACUGCGCGCUCGACAUGUGGAGCAUCGGCUGCACGCUCUACGAGCUCGCGACGGGCAAGAUUCUCUUUCCGGGCCGCACGAACAACCAGAUGCUGCUGCUCAUCCAGGAGCUGCGCGGCAAGUUCACCACGAAGCAGAUCCGCAAGGGCCGCUUCUCCGAGCAGCACUUCGACGAGACGAACACCUUCCUCAGUCUCGAGAAGGACAAGAGCACGGGCGCGCAGGACGUCAUCCGCAAGGUGGCGCUGCAGAAGCCUGUGGCCGACCUGCGCGCACGCCUACUGCCCGGCAACACCGUCAAGCGCCUCUCCGACGACGAGCUGCGCCUGAUGACGCAUUUCAUCGACCUCCUUGCUCGUGCGCUCGACCUCGACCCCACCAAGCGCCUGACUCCGAAGGAGGCGCUGGCGCACCCCUUCCUGGCCUGA